AUGCUCUUGGAAGAAAUCCACCACGAAUCCCUCCAGCAGUUGCUCAACGGAAUUCGAUCCCAAUCAGAACUUGUUCUUGUUCCAGGUCUCCCACUAACACCGGGAAAUGUAUUAGAAGUUCAAGGUGCUUCAGGAUCUGGCAAAACCCAUCUACUUUAUGCUGCAAUAAUCAUCUGCAUAUCACCUGCCACCGGGGGUGGCUGGGGCAAGGGGGCUGUUCUUUUCGACUCGGACAAUUCUUUUGACCUGAACAGGUUCAAGAGUCUUUUUACUUCCCAUGUGGCUCAUUCACUUCAUUCCACCCCCUUCUCUCAAACUUUACAGACCCUUGUUGAUCGCUGCUUGAACUCUCUUCACAUCUUCCGACCAUCAUCGUCCGACCAACUAGCUUCGUCUAUCCUCCAUCUCCCAUUGUAUCACUCAUCUCAAAUGAUGCGUCAAGAGAUUGGCUUAAUCGCGAUUGACUCUCUCAGCGCAUUUUAUUGGCCAGAUCGUUAUGCCAUCGAGCAACUUCGCUCCCGUGCUGGAUAUAAUACGGUUAAAGACGCUUCAAACCCGCUACGUCACAUCUUGAUUGCUCUUGAGCGUAUUCGCGUCAUGUACAGGCCACUCAUCAUCUUCACAAAUUGGGGGCUUACGUUUUCCCAACCCGAGCUUCAACAUUCGAUGUCGCACUUCAAAUUCUACAAGCAGCAUCUUCAUCCUCUCACUUCGCUUUCCGCAGACGACGGCCAUCUGCCAGUCCCUCAUGGCAGCAUGCUACUGCCCUUGUCACACCACAUUACAUUGACCUCCACCCCUGCGAUUCAAUCGCACCUGAAGCCAGAUCACCGUGCAGAUACGGAGGACGAGGAGACCUUGGGAUCCGCAAGGACAAAGCAAAAAUGCAUGGUCAUAGGAGCCGUCCGCAUUCCCGGUGUUCCUGAAGUAGUCAAAUUUAGCUUUGCUAUUGAAACUGAUAGUUUAUCUUUCUGUAAAGCUACGGAUGAUAUGAGUCCAUAAUGAUGAUUUCAAAGCCGCAAAUUAUGAUUCAUUACAAAUUAAAUACCACUUCGCGCG